AUGGCUGAAGUUCUACCAUGAGGCCAAAUAUCAUUCUGAGGAGCUACAGUCAUUACAAACCUAUUCUCCGCUAUUCCUUACAUAGGACAAACCCUAGUAGAAUGAGCCUGAGGCGGAUUCUCGGUAGACAAUCCCACCCUAACUCGAUUCUUUGCCUUACACUUCCUACUCCCAUUCAUUAUCGCCAGCCUAGCCCUCAUUCACCUAACCUUCCUCCACGAGUCAGGAUCAAACAACCCCCUAGGCAUCUCAUCAAACUGUGACAAAAUCCCAUUCCACCCAUACUUCUCCCUAAAAGACCUCGUAGGAUUCUCAUUCAUGCUCUUCCUACUCACCACCAUUACCCUAUUCUCACCAAACCUCCUAGGAGACCCCGAAAACUUUACACCAGCAAACCCCCUAGUAACCCCCCCACACAUCAAGCCAGAAUGAUACUUCCUAUUUGCAUACGCAAUCCUACGCUCAAUCCCUAACAAACUAGGAGGAGUCCUAGCCCUAGCAGCCUCCGUGUUAAUCCUAUUCUUAGCCCCGCUCCUCCACAAAUCAAAACAACGCACCCUAGCUUUCCGCCCCAUCUCCCAACUCCUAUUCUGAGCCCUCGCCGCUAAUCUAUUCAUCCUGACAUGAGUGGGAAGUCAACCAGUAGAACACCCAUUCAUCAUCAUCGGGCAACUAGCCUCACUAACUUACUUCACCAUCAUCCUAAUCCUAUUCCCCAUCAUCUCCUUCCUAGAAAACAAAGCCCUCAACUAACUCUAAUAGUUUACAAAAAACAUUGGUCUUGUAAACCAAAGAACGAAGGCCCCCCCCUUCUUAGAGUUAAUCAGAAAAAGAGGACUGAACCUCUAUCACCAACUCCCAAAGCUGGUAUUUUACAUUAAACUAUUCUCUGACCCUAAACAGCCCGAAUAGUCCCCCGAGACAACCCCCGCACAAGCUCCAACACAACAAACAGAGUCAACAACAACCCCCAACCCGCCACCAAAAAUAUCCCCACCCCACAAGAAUAAAACAGAGCCACCCCAUUAAAAUCCAACCGAGUAAAAAACACCCCCCCACCAUCAACAGU